CGCGUGCACAUCCCUCUGCUCGGGGCUCUGCUCCACACCGGGGCCCAGGCAGCUGGAUCCCCUCCCAGUGGAAAAGCCUGGCCAGCCGGGGAAGGCUGGGAGGGCAGGGACAGCCUCGGCAGGCAGCAGAUAAAGAGUGUGGAGGAGGAGAAGAAGGAAUUUCGGGGCUGCCAGAGCCUGUGGGACGUGUGGCACCAGCGCUCGUCCGGUGGGACCCUGCCCAAGGAUUUGUCUGCCGAGCCAUGGAUCUCACCGUGCUGUGCCCCUCUCUGAGGACAUAUCUCUGGCUCCUCAUCCUCACUGGUCUGCUGAAGGCAGCAUCCGGGGGCAGCGGGCUGCACAUCGAACCUGCAGACACUGAGCUUGUCCUUGGCCUCCACAGCACCUUCUCCCUCUUGUGCUAUGGGAACAGUGCCCUGUCCUGGGAACGGGAGGGUCAGCCCCUUGCUGCCUCGCUGGAGCACAGAGAUGGUGUCUUCAUCAGCAACCUCACCCUCAGGAACGUGACAGGCCGUCACACCGGGGAGUACGCGUGCACCUACAGCCCCGAGCAGGCCCCAGAGCCAGCAGAAAGGAAAACCCUCUACAUCUACGUUCCAGACCCCUCCCUUGUCUUCCUCCCCACAAUCACCUCUGAAGAGAUCUUCAUCUUCAUCACGGGCUACACAGAGGCCAUCAUCCCAUGCCGUGUGACCAACCCGCAGAUGCAGGUGACUCUCUAUGAGAAAAAAGUAGAGAACCCCAUCCCAGCUGCUUACGACCCACAACAGGGAUUCAAAGGCUUCUUUGAGGAUAAGACCUAUUUCUGCCGGACGAUUGUGGAUGACCAGGAGGUGGAUUCAGAUACCUUCUACGUCUACAGGAUCCAGGUCUCAUCGGUGAACGUCUCCAUCAGCGCCGUGCAGACCAUCGUGCGUCAGGGAGAAAACGUGACCCUGAUGUGCACCGUGAGCGGCAAUGAGCUGGUCAACUUCAACUGGGAUUAUCCCCGCAAGCAAGCAGGGAAGACUGUGGAGCCAGUGACUGACUUCCUGCCCGGAUCCACCCACGAGAUCCGCUCCAUCCUCAUCAUCCAGAACGCGGAGCUGGAGGACAGUGGGACCUAUGCCUGCAAUGUCUCUGAGGGCUACCACGAGAAAACGGACCGGAAGGACAUCACGGUCCAUGUGAUCGAGCACGGCUUCGUGCGCUUCCACACCCGCCUGCCCAGCACGGUGUACGCUGAGGUCCACAAGAGCCACACCAUCCAGGUGGAGGUGGAGGCCUACCCACAGCCAAGCAUCGUGUGGCUGAAGGACAAUAAGACAUUGACCAUGGAAAGCAGCAGCGAGUUCACCAUCACCAGCAGGAACCUGUCAGAAACCAGGUACCAGACAGCCCUGGUGCUGGUGCGGGUGAAGCAGGAAGAAGGAGGAUUUUACACCAUCCGGGCUUCCCAUGAGGACGAUGAGCAGGAGCUGUCCUUCCAUCUACAGAUAAAUGUGCCAGCCAAAGUGGUGGAUCUCAAGGAGAACAGCAGUGCCAGCAGUGGGGAGCAGACUGUAACAUGCUCUGCUGAAGGUAUGCCCCAGCCAGAGAUCAGCUGGUCUACUUGCAGUGACAUCAAAUGGUGCAGCAGCAAGGGGCAGCCCACCCGGCUGCUGGGGAAUGAGUCAGCAGAGAUGGGUGUGCAGAACAACUCCACGUACCACGCGGAGCGGCAGGUCUACCGUGUGAACAGCACCCUGAAGCUGCACAGAGUGGAUGAGCCCCUGCUCCUCAGAUGCACAGUCCAAAACUUCCUAGGCACCAGCUCCCAGGACAUCACUCUGGUCCCACAUGCCUUGCCGUUCAAGGUGGUCAUCAUCUCUGUCAUCCUGGCCCUGCUGGUCCUCACCAUCAUCUCCUUGAUCAUCCUGAUCGUCCUGUGGCAGAAGAAACCUCGUUAUGAAAUCCGCUGGAAGGUGAUUGAGUCCAUCAGCUCCGAUGGGCAUGAGUACAUCUACGUGGAUCCCAUGCAGCUGCCUUACGAUUCCAGCUGGGAAGUGCCCAGGGACAAGCUGGUGUUAGGACGCACUCUUGGCUCUGGUGCCUUUGGACGAGUGGUGGAGGCAACAGCCCAUGGCCUGAGCCAUUCACAGUCCACCAUGAAAGUGGCAGUCAAAAUGCUCAAGUCCACCGCCCGGAGCAGUGAGAAACAAGCCCUCAUGUCUGAGCUGAAGAUCAUGAGCCACCUGGGACCUCAUCUCAACAUUGUCAACUUGCUAGGGGCCUGCACCAAAGGAGGGCCCAUCUAUAUCAUCACGGAGUACUGUCGCUACGGGGACCUGGUGGACUAUCUGCACCGCAACAAGCACACCUUCCUGCAGUCCUGCGGGGAGAAGGCCCGGAGGGAGGCAGAGCUUUAUGGGAACACUCCCAAGCAGGACCACGUGCAGAGUCACCUCUCCUUGUCCGUUGAGAGCGACGGGGGCUACAUGGACAUGAGCAAGGAUGACUCCCUGGAUUAUGUGCCCAUGUGUGACAUGAAGGGUGAAGUCAAGUAUGCUGACAUUGAGUCCUCUAAUUAUGGUACCCCAUACGAGCUGGACAGCUAUUCCCCCUCAGCUCCUGAAAGAGCAGACCGGGUGACCCUGAUAAAUGAGUCUCCACUCCUCAGCUACAUGGACUUGGUGGGCUUCAGCUUCCAGGUGGCCAAUGGGAUGGAGUUCCUGGCUUCCAAAAACUGCGUGCAUCGUGACCUGGCUGCCAGGAACGUCCUCAUCUGUGAGGGGAAGCUGGUGAAGAUCUGUGACUUUGGCCUGGCGAGGGACAUCAUGAGGGAUUCCAACUAUAUCUCCAAAGGCAGUACCUUCUUGCCCCUUAAGUGGAUGGCUCCAGAGAGCAUCUUCAACAACCUCUACACCACCCUGAGUGAUGUGUGGUCCUUUGGGAUUCUCCUCUGGGAGAUAUUCACUCUAGGGGGAACUCCAUACCCUGAACUGCCCAUGAAUGAACAGUUCUACAACGCCAUCAAACGUGGCUAUCGGAUGUCCAAACCCACCCAUGCCUCUGAGGAGAUCUAUGAUAUCAUGCAGAAGUGCUGGGAGGAGAAGUUUGAGAUCAGACCAUCCUUCUCACAGCUGGUGGUGCUCAUGGGAAACCUCUUGGUGGAUUGCUACAGAAAGAGGUACCAGCAGGUGGAUGAAGAGUUCAUGAAGAGUGACCACCCUGCUGUUGUCCGCACGAGACCCACAAUCCCUGGGCUGAACAAUGCCAGGCUCACUCCCAGUUCCCCCACCAGCAGCAUCCUCUACACAGCUGUGCACCAGAAUGGGGGCGAGAACGAUUAUAUCAUCCCUCUUCCCGACCCCAAACCCGAGGUAACCUGUGAUCUCCCUCAGGAGGCCUCCAUCAGCAGGGCCAGUUCUACACUGAACGAGGCCAACACAUCAUCUACAAUAUCCUGUGACAGCCCUCUGGACCUCCAUCAGGAUGAGGAGCAGGAAUCUGACCCACAGCCACGCUGCCAAGAGCCAACCACAGGGCACCAAGAGGUGGAGGAGAGUUUCCUGUAGUCAGAGCUGGGCUGACUCUGCAUCUGCCCACAGCAAGACCAGCUGAAGGGCUGACCCAGACACUGCAGAGAGCCAUGCUUUGCACUCCUACACUGGGACAUCCCCACCUGUCCCAGCAUUCCUCCUUCCCUCCCAUCUCCCAGUGUUGGCUGGGGAAUUAGACUUUUCCCCACUGCCAUCCCUUUUCCCCUCACAAAGAGAUGGCUCAGUGCCAACAACCUUCCAGAUCACUGCCACAUUCUCCUCAGUGACCAAACCACUGCAGGAGGGAGACAUCUCACAGACCAACAUCUUCUUUUCAAGUGAAAGAAGUGGGCUGGAUCUCCACAAGAGAUGCCAUUUUCUGCAUUGCUAAGAUGAUACUCCAGCCUCUUCCCCCUCCAUGGCAAUGAGCUUCAUCUCCUCUGCACCAGCACUUCUCUGAUGGUCUCAGCACCAGCCACACUGUGGUUCUGUGAAAUGCCACCAGGACGGACAAUUUGCUUGGAGCCCAUUGCUGGGGUGUAGAGAACCUGCUACACCAGCCUUCAGCUGCUGGAGAGCAAGAGUACAUUGGGUGGAUUCUCCUCCAAACACAGCCAAGUCUUGGAGAGACCAGUCAGCGUCUCAGAGAUACUGAAUCAUUUCUUGACAGCUGUUCUAUGGUGGAUAAGGACAUCACAAGCACUACAGGUACCCAUUGCUCUGGGACACAGCUCUGCAUCCACCUAGAGGGGCUGUCACACCCUUUUGUGCCCAGCAUGGCACCAGGAACCCCACGGGCAUGCCAGGAACUUAAGCUGCUCUCACACUGACUCUGUUGAAGCAGCAAAGAGGGCAGUCCCGUGUUGUUUGUGUCACCUGUGUGGACACCAAGCUAAUUAUUCUUCAUUGAAGAUUUAAAGGGAACAAAUAUAUUAAUCCACUAGCCAGGGCCAGUAUAAGGAAUCAAUAUGGCUAUUCAUUAAUCUACUGCCACUAAGCCCAGCUCAUCUGCUGGGAAAUCAUAUAAUCCCACCAGCUGCAGAAUCUUUGUGCCUAAUCUUUGGGAAGCGAGGGCUCCCUUUUGAUAGACUCUUCACCCAAACACCCUUUCUUAGGAAGGGAGGUCUCACUGGUCCCUCCUGAGUCAUAGCAAGAUUAUGGGGACCAUAAGGAUGCUGGAACACCAAUGCAGGGACAUCUCAAAAGAGAGAGGGAGAGAGGCUGGGAAGCUAUUUAGUCACAGCUGAACUGUCUCUCACACCCUGCCACUUUCUAGGGCCCAGGCACAGCCACUUGCAGCCUGGCAGGGCUGUGGAUGAAGUGUCAUGGGGAACCAAGCAGAGCAGGAGGAAUUAUGAAGGAUUCGUCUCUCUUGGAAAGUGUUUUGAAGGAUAAAAGGGCAGAGACCUUCCUCCUGCUUCUUGCCUCCUUCCUUGCUAUUUGCAGGUAGAUCUGGGACUUCUUGUGGUCUCAGCUGUCACCUGAAAAAGGAGACCCAGAGCAGGAGGGACACCAGGCUUUUGAAAUCACUGGUGAACCCCACCUCUGAAGAGAUGAAAUUUAGCCCCCAAAACCAACAGCUCUGGCACCAUAGAAACUAACAGGGAUUUUUUCUGAAAAGAGAAGUAACAGGCAGGUUUAGAAAUUCAGAAAUUCAAGCAGCAUCUAGCUGGGCUUCUGCUCCCUCAGAGCCACCAGGAAUUAAGAAUAAAUAAAUAAGAAAUUAAACUUCUGCCAGAAAUCCCCAGCAGCUUCUGGUUAAAGUUGUCUAUCAUGGCAAUGCUGCUGUUUAUACAGCUAAAGAGGAGUAGAUGUUUUGUGGGCUGAUGUCCUUCAUAAAAUGUGAAUCUAAGAAACAGCACUUUUAUUGGCAGCUGAUGGAGUUUAUUUUCAGCCCAUGUGGUCAGAUUCCCCACCAUCCAUAGGAAAGCCACUGUGAAUGACAACUCUUUUUCCAUGCUCUGUUCCUCCUGCUUUUAAUGAAGGAGCCAUCUUCUGUGGCCACAGUUCAUUAAAUGAUCCUAACCAUGGAGAAGUAGUAACUCAUGAGAUCCUUGGGGUCAGACCACUUUAUUUUUCUAACAUGUAAGGUGCUUGGUAGGAUCUGUGUCACUGCAACUUGAGCCCAUAGGAUGGCACAGCUGAUCAUCCUAAUCACCCCUGUCAGCACCAGCUCUGUUUUUAAUUUGUUCUUCUUUAUCAGAGGUGACCAGAAGUACCCUGUACUCCAGGUGAGGUCAAAUCUAGACCUUGCAUAGGGCAUUAAUAGUUCUGGUCUGUACUGGAUUGGGCUUGCCUGGUUGUAGCUUUGGAUAGUGUUGGCCUUUUCCCAGCCACAACAUACUGGUAGUCUGGAGUCAUCCUCUGACCAAUCUAAGCACCUACAUCUUUCUACUUUUUUCCAGCAUUUCUAACCAAGAUACUCCCUGCUGUUCCAGACAUUGGAUCAUCAGCACAUCUUGUUAACAAACUGUUAUUUUUGGGCUGGACUGACUAAUAAAAAUAUGAAAACUUCCAGCAUCAAGAGCAACCCUGGAGAGCUACUUUUAUUACCUCUGUCCAGCCCAAAGAUUUCCCCAUCAGUUAACUCCUUCUCACCCUCCCUUUGGCCAUCUGCUUAUUUACUUCACAAAUCCUAAACUCCAUCUCGUACAGAUUAAUUACUAAUUAAAUGACUAAUUUCCCCCUAUCAAAUAGUUUCCAUGGUUCUGAAAGAGGAGAUCUAUUUUUCUCCCUGCUGGGGGAACUCAGGUAUCCUGUCCUAUUAGCUGGGCAUUAGCUACACUUGGAUGCCUAUUGUAUUUUGUCCCAUGUGUAGAUUUAUUGCAAUUAUUCUUUGCAUCAAAACCUGUUCUGGCUGCUGACAGGGUGCUAAUCCCACCUCCUUCUUCCUUCUUAAAGUAGGUACGCCAGAUGCUUUUUAAGAUGGUACCAUUCUCCACUCCUGAAAGAGAUGACCAAAUAUUUGCUUCUGGCCCUGUGACUGCAAAGGUCAAGCCUUGCACCUUAUGGUACUUUCCUGUCCUUACUCAACUAUUCUCACCACCACUUAGCAAGGACAUGCACGCCUGCUGCAGCAGGCAGGUCUUCUCAGCCAGGGACAGGCAACGUGUUCUGCUCAGCAUCCCUGCAACUCUCCCCCAAGAGAGGGCUUGGCAGGGCUUACAGCAUCCUCCCCAGACAAGUGCUCUCUGCUCAGGGGAGCCAACUCCAGCCCCUGCUCCCUCUCUCACUGAUGCCAGCAUUCCAGUCCCUACGUGGCCCAGAGGGUGAGGGCCAGGAGAAAUGGUCCCCUGUUCUGAGCCCAUUAGUUUCGCAGCCACAAUUUCUCCAGUGAGAGUCUGAAGGGAACCGGCCCCUCCAGGUUUUCAGUUUCAAUGAUCAGUAUUUUUGUUUGGGUGUGGUUUUGUGUUUAGAGGUGGACCCAAACUGAGCCCCUCCAAAAAGGGACAUGUGCCACAGCUUGGGCCCAUCUCUAGUGCAAUAUCUUUUAUUUGUAGAUCAUAUUUUACUCUACAGCUGUUACAUCGUUAUCAGCACCAGUAUAUGCAUAAUCCUACUGCCAGUCACUAUUGCAUACGUUCCUAAGUGUAUCCCAGAAAUGAAUGCAACACUCCAGUGUCUCUUUCCACAUUUAAGAUGCUUCUCAGACUGAUGUGUGCACAGGUUUUAAUCCUUUUGUCCUUCUUGGUUUGAGCGUGUUGUUGUUUUUAUUAAGCGAGAGUGUCAGGUUUAGUGUUUGUGUUGUAUUAAGAAAUCUAGAGCACAGUGGACUUUAUUUGUAACUAAAUUGUCUCUGUUCAGCUGCCAAGGGCACUGUGGCAGAGUCCCACGGGGAUGGGAGGCAGAAGUGCAGUGCAGAUGUGCAGCCAGGAGGAAGUCAGCCAGAAGUGAGAAAUGGGUCUUCCCCUUCUUCCCAGUUGGGACUCUGGGCUGGGGGAGAGGCAGCACCACAGGGUACUGGGCAGUGGGUUAGGUUUUGGCUGUGGGGAAGCCGGGCCUGUGUAAAGCUGGGCAGAUGUGAAGAAGGGGAUUUCACAGAUGUCUCCUUCAGGGGGGCUUUUUCUAAAAUGGGAUGUCAGCUAAUGCACUACGGAGGCAGAUCCCGUGCUGCAACGCACAAGCCUGAGGAAGGGCUCUGCUCAGAGUCAGCGCUUGGCUCAGGCCCCAGGAUCAGUGUGGCCAGUUCACAGUGCAAACCCCAGGAUGUCCCACAUGGACAGGAGAGCCUGGAGACAGUUUGGCUGUGCUCUCACUUGGAGACCAUGAAGGUUGCCUACUGGCAGCUCUCAGUAGCCUUUUGGCAGCCUUUGCUCUGGGUGGUUGCACAGGCAGAGGACAGCCAGAGCAGCUGCAGGUCCUCACAGCGCAGCUCUUGGGCUGGGAACAGGCCCUUCCUGCAGCAUGUCCCAGCCCUGCUGGGAUACUAAGCAGUCAGGGCUGACUGUAGUGGUGGAGGCACCAUGUUGUCUGCAGGACUUGCACAGGGCAGGCCAGAUAUUGUUUAAAAAAUCAGAUUUCCAAGGUCAGUACAUGGGUAGCUGGGCUCACAGUGUCAUUCCCAUGUUUCAGCCAGAUGGCUGAAGCUUUGGGGCAUGCCAAGAUGGAUCCUGUUGAAUUUGGAAAAGGCAGGUGAACUGCUCCAGCAGCACUUUGGAUAGAUGACUUGCAGGGGAGGAAGCAGGGAAGACAGCUUGUGCUGGGAGACCUGCAGUGUCCCAUCACUCCUGUCCUUUCCUCCUUCAUGGAUUGCACCAGACCUGAAAAGCUGACCCAAAGCUUGCCCUCUCCCACUCCUGCGGUGCUGGCCUGCUGGCACCAUGCUGUUAUUCUGCAGCAUCUCUGAACAGAAGCAGCACCUGCCUCCCUGCUGUCUGUCAGAAACCAUCCUGAAGGCAGAAGAAAAAACAGAGUUCAGACAAAGGUACCAAAGAGUUAACAUUUUCCUAGGUUUACAGAUAUAUUUUAGGAUUUGUACUAUGUCACAUCUAUAGCCAUGAGAUAUUAUUUUUAUGCCAUAAACUUUUACAAAUACUUUUUUAAGGAAAGAGUUUAAAAAAAAUAAAGGUGUUUUUCUUUUUGCAAA